AGGAGCUGGGGAGUGGAGCCACCAUCAGGGAAAGACUCACUCCCGGUGACUAUAGAGGAGUCAGUGCUGUCCCCGGCCAGGAUGAAGCUGCUGUUGCUGUGUCUGGGGCUGAUUCUUGUCUGUGCCCAACAGAAAGAAAACAGUGAUGUUGCGCUAAGAAACUUCGAUAUUCCAAAGAUUUCAGGAGAGUGGUAUUCUAUUCUGUUGGCUUCAAAUGCCAAGGAAAAGAUAGGAGAAAAUGGGAGCAUGAGGGUUUUUGUGAACAUCAUCCGUGUCUUGGACAACUCUUCUCUGUAUGCUGAAUAUCAGACAAAGGUAAAUGGAGAGUGUACUGAAUUUUCUUUGGUUUUUGACGAAACAGAAGAGGAUGGUGUAUAUAGUGUUAACUAUGAUGGAUACAAUGUAUUUCGCAUAAGUGAGUUUGGCAGUUCUGACGUUAUUUUUCUUCAGCAAGUGAAUUUAAACGAGGACAGACCAUUCCAACUGCUCGAGCUCUAUGCCCGAGAACCAGAUGUGAGUCCAGAACUCAAGAAAGAGUUUGUGAAAACUGCCCAAAAAGAAGGAAUUUUUAAGAAAAACGUAAUUGACCUAACCAAAACUGAUCGCUGUUUCCAGCUCCGAGGGAACGGAGUGGGCCAGGCCUCCAGCUGAGUGACAGUGAAUACUUCCUCACCUGGGCUCCAGGAUCUUCCCUCCGUGAUCCCCAUGACAUCUUGUGACAAGUUCUGUGACCUGAUUUCCAUCAACAUCGCAUGUGAAGGCAUUAUCUCUGCAUCUUCCAGAUCUUCCCUAAUUGUGUAGGAAGACUCCUCAACUCACCAAGAAUCAAAGGUUUUACCCAGAUUUCCCACUCUCUCUGCCAUGCCCAGAACUCGACCAUGCUGAGACCUGCCUCUACCUGAUCAAUAAAUGAUUAGCCUUGCAGUCA